AUCUUGGCUCAUGGCUUCUUGCAGAACCUUGGAGUAACUGGGACGAGACCCGACAUGGACUGCCACUCUGCGUUGGUACUGACCCUGGAGAGUUCCCUGAUCAGUGCUUGCUACAGUAAUUCCCUGGCGACCAAAGGCUCCUUUCAUACCAUCUGCCUCAGGUUCACGGAGGACUUCCAGAUGGCCAUGGAUGACUGGAGACCUUCCUCCUAUGAUCACAUCAUGAACUCCUGUGUCAUUCCUCAAGGAACCUAUGAAGUCUGCUCAAGCGCUAAUAGCAACCAGGCCAAAGAUUUCCAUCGUAUGACCAUUGGUCAGUGGAGGCUGAACUUCAAGUGGCGAAUGGAAGGCAUCGACGUCCAGUUCGAUCCCUCCGUCGGUCAUCAACUGACCGCUUUGGCCAACACCCUGACCUCUUUGACCGGCGCCGACGAUGACAUCGCUGACCUGACAUCGGUCAAUGAACAACAGGAGGUCAGCUCAACUGAUGUCCUAUCUGACCAAGAAGUGACUCCUCUAAAGAGACCCACCUCGCUGAAGGUUGAUCCUAACGAUGAGAAGAGUAAGUCCAAGGCCAUCAUGCAGGAGAUCAAUGAACAGGCCAAGGUCGUCAGUGAUCUCAGGACAUUGGGAGCCAAAAGUGGCACCAUCGCAGAGGAAGCUGAUAAACUGAGACAGAUGGAGACAGCAGUCUUCAAGGAUUUCAGAAGAGACAUCAGGAAGAAACUCAAGGCUCAGGGCAUGAAGGUGUCAGGCCGAGACAAGCCCUCUCGUAGGAAGAGCGUGAAGCCCCAGGGUAGUGGUGCCCUGGGUCGGACUCAGAAAGAAAGACAUGCAUCCUACGUUAGACAGUCAACGUUUCCAAUGACGCCUUAUGACAGCGAAUACCAGCACCAACACAACCUCUACGACACGCCCUCCUCCAUGAAGACACCAAAGAACACCCGCUCUACCCUGUACCCCGACCCCCCAUCCAGGGUGUCCUUUGUCCUUCCCCUCCACACCCCCUCACCGACCACACCUGAAGCCACCCCCAUGGGCUGGGGGACCGAUCUUCGGCAGGGAGCUAUGUCUCGCCUAGGACUUGGUCUGGAGUCUGGGUUGACCCCGAUGGAUCUCAACGCUACCAUUGGUGAUCCCACUAGAAUACAGGAGGAGAUUCGACAGAAUAGGAAGAGCAUUCGUAGGCGCCUGACGCUACAUUCCACACCCAUGUCCAGGAACCUUGAUGGUAGCGACACGGAAGAAGAAGAGGAGGAGGAAGAAGAGGAAGAGAAGGAGAAGUACAGUGGACAGUCCACAUUUGAUGACAUGGAUGGAAGCCUCUCUAGCACCCUUCGCGGUAAAGAAGGAGCAGCGCCCUCUGCAGUCUUGAGUCGAUCUAGUGCAGCCAGGGACCAUGCCAGCUCUGCCGCUUCUCCUGCCAGGUCCGUUGCGCCCGAACCGGAGCUUCAGCUUCACCUGGACGUGAGCAUCUUCAUAGACAGUGGCAAGCUGACCCUGCACUGUCACAGGCCUGGGCCACCUGUGGGACCCAAUGAUCAUCUGAUACCAGAUGCAUUGAAGCAAGAAUCACGCAGGCCCUGGAAUUCCACAGAAUCGUCUCCAUCACGCAAGCCUGGAGUGAAAUCUCAACUCUCCUCUGCCUCGUCCUCAUCCACCUCGGGAAUAAAACUUAAAAGUGGCACACUGCCCUCUAUGUUGUCAUCUCAGGGGUUUGCCCUUUUCAACCUACCAGCAGUUGAUGUAAAGGUUGAAUACCAGUCAGAGCCAGAGAACAAGCAAGAUCCCAACAACGAUACAGCAAGUACCUCCAUGCAGUCCUCCCCUCGUCAGAACCUCUCAACGUCUGAAGGAGGAGCAGGAGCAGGAGCAGGAGGAGGGGUGGAGAAGAAGAAUGGAGCCAGGAGGGGCAGCUUGUUCUGUUGGGCGAGGCUACUCACCCCAGCAGAGGAAAUUGUAGUGACAACGAGCCUCCUUGAUUUCUUGGAGCAAGCCUUGGAGACGAUUCCAUCCAAUAUUGGUAUGCUGCUCACCAGCCCUUCAUCAGAAAACCUUGACGUGAACCCGUCCAACCUUGAGGCGUCGGCCAACUCGUUGGUGUCAUCGUCCUCCCUGGAUUACACCACCUUCCCUGUGGAUGUGGUAGUCUACGUCUGCAUGGAUCCAUCCCUCGUUCACCUGAGCUGCCUGCCCGCCUCCAAGGUGGAAUGCCUCCUUCAGCUCCCGUGCGUUGAGUUUGCCUUCUCGUCCAGAGGAGGGCAGCAGACGACUGGGUUCUCGGGGGACGUAACCGGAGGUGAUCGGAGUGGGACAGACUUCCAGGAUGCCAAGGAUGAUCUUUCAGCCUCAAAGCUGUCUUUCAGUCGAUGUCGCAGCCGACACCUCUCCAACGAGGAGAUCCGGGAGGAAGCCAACAAGGCCGACAUGAGUCUCUCAGCCGUCCUCUCCAACUUCUCACUGGUCAUUUUUCAUCCCUACGGGGGUGGUCAGUUCAGGAGAGAUGGUGGCAAGCUGGUGGAAGAGAUGCUGUCCAACAUGAGUGUCUCUUCUGAUGCACAUGAUGAUACAUCCAAGCUCUCAUCCGGGAGCGCGCGGAAAGAUGCCCUCUCUCUGGAGGUCACCUUUGUCAGGGUCAAUGUCUCCAGGAAGCGGCACAAGCUACGACCGACCGUCGCCAGUGACCAGACAUUGGUUGCAGGAAUGGAAGAGAGCCGGAGGUUGGGGGAAUCUCUGAGGUCAGACAGCACGUCCGUGUCAUCUGCGACCAUGACAGGCUCCAAAGCUGCAGCUACAUUAAACAAGUUUUCAAUUAUGUGUGACGUGGGAUCGGCAACGUUCCGCUAUGACAUGCGGCGUCUGACUGAGGUACUGGCCUUCCCCAAGGCGUGGUAUCGUAAGUCCAUCGUUCAGAGACUGUUCUUUGGAGAAGAGGAGGAGGAGGAGGAUGAGAUGUCAACCCCUGAGGAUGAAGUUACAUCAAUAAUUCUUUCCAGUGAUUCAUCCACCGACUCGGAAGACAGCUUCACCGACCUCCCACCUCGUCGCUACCAGCGCAAACGCACCCCGACCUCCGCUGCCACCAGCGGGACCGGCACGCCUUCUUCCACCGGCCCCUCCACAUCAACCACUGCCUCUCCGACCUCGCCUGGCUCGAAGGGGAGCAAGGAGAAGUUCCCCUAUAAUCCUCCGUCCCCUAGCCUCUUCAGUAUCUACUCCCAGCUGCCGAGUCCGUCCUCACCCACGCUCUCCCAGCCUGGCACACCUCUCAUGGAUGGAACCCCGCCUCCUAGGAGUAGCCCUGAUCUCAGGAGAAUGGUCACAGAGAAGAGACUAUCAAAGGAAGAUACCAUCAGCCAAUCAUCAGAACCCUCAGGGUCAGAACACAGCCAUUCCCAAGCGACCUCUGACCCCUGUAGCAGCUCAGGGUCACUGGUCUCUGGUCCGUCCUGGAAGACUGUUCUUCUCGUGGUCAUCAACUUCACCAAGGUGGACACUCAUAUGAACAUGAGCAACGUCAUGGGCAGCACACUAUGGUCAACAGAAGAUCUUCGCUGUCAGACCCAUUUGACCAUUGAUAGUACUGGACAUCGGAUCUUCAAGAUCACCACAGGUCUGAAGAACUCCAGCCUUGAGGCCAAAGGAGGGGUCAUUGGUGGACUCUUGGAGGUCUCCAAACUCAGUUGUACCAGUAGUCAAGUGAAGAUCCCUGGCAAGGAGCCUCACCAUGAUCUGCAGCUGCAGCUAGACAGCCUGGAGUCCAGGAUCGAUUACAUGGGAUCCAGCAGUCUCCUGGCCAGGCUCACCUCGAUGGAGAUUGCCUGUGAGGACGAGUGGAAAUUCAGGGCCAAUUCGGAUCCAAAAGUCAAAUACCACACCGUUGAGAGCGUCUACGCCAACUCCAACAUCACCUGGGAUACCAUGCAGCUGAUGAUCUGUCGCUCCACCACCCCUGAUAUGCUGCGCAUCGCGGUCCGUCUGGAGGAGUUCUUCACCCAGCAGUUCGCCUCCAGUAGGAGGAUGCUGUCCACCUGGGACCCCAUCGCCACAGCAGCCAGUCAGCUGGCUGCUGCUCGCAAGGCCUCUAUUAGUACCGCCCCCAUCAGUACAGCCCCGAUCGAUGAGAUUGAUGGAAGGGGGCAUAAAGGUUCCAAGACAGAUUCUGCGGAGGAACUGAAGGAGUACCAGCACUGGCAGAGUGUCUUUGACUUCCUCAUCCAGACCUUCCACAACGCCCACAAGAACCAGCCCCGGCCUGAGGGCAUGCGUCUGGGAGGACAGGUCACCCUGCAGGGCAGGCAGGCUCUCCUGGCUUGCUUCCAUGGGCUCAACUUCCGCUCCAACUCCUGGGCGCUCUUCACCAUGCGGGAGCCCAAGGUGGAGUUUGAGACGGAAGCGCUGCAGGUGCCGUCCUCAGAACAUUGCGGAGAAGACACGUUGGUCUUACAGGACCUUCUCUUCAGCCUCGGUCACAACCAGACCCAGAGAGAACAGGGUUGGCUGGCCACCAUCCUCAGGGUCUCCAAGAAUGACAAGAGCCAGUUCCCCUUCACUGGCCCCAUGCUGGAGGCCUUCCAGUAUGUCAGUUCUAUCAGUACUCCAGAAGAAUUUGAACAGUACUUCCAAUAUGGGGACCUGCCGAGUCAGAGAAGAGGAACGUUAAGACAUGAAGCGGAUCCCAUCUUUGCGCUUCCUAAACUCCAGCUGGAGAUGAAGUCAAAGCAACUGCAGAAACUGAAGCUACAAAAGCCAGGAACACCAUCUCCACCAUUACCAGAAGUACAGGUGACCUUCGUGACCCUCUUCACGGAUCACAUCAACGUCUCAAUGGACUUUGAACUCAUCCUCUUCCUCCAUGACAUGGUCCUGGCCUAUAUCAAUUAUAAGCAGAAAGUAAUGGCACCGAUGAAACCGAUGGUUUUGAAUCCGUCCGCCCACUCUCAACUUCCGUCCUCCACUGAGAAGAAACUAGCCUCGCUGAAGUCAGCAACCUUGCAGUCCACCUCCUCAUCUCAGCGCCCACCACCAUCCACACUGUCAUCAUCCUCCUCGUCACCCUCCCCUUCAUCAACGACAUCGCCUGCCUCGGUUGGUGUGGUGGAAGGAAAGAAGAGGAAGGAGGAGAAGAAAGGCGGACAAGGAAAUGUGGCCAAAGCUGGAAAUGGAGACUGCCGUCUCUUUGUGUGCGCCACAUGGCAGCUGGAACCAACCAUAAGGUUGCUGUCAUGGGGCGGGAAGCAGAUUGAGCCUGUCGGGGUGGACUACAUCCUCCAGAAGUUGGGAUUCCAUCACGCUCGCACCACCAUUCCAAAGUGGAUCCAGAGGGGUGCCAUGGACCCAGCUGACAAGCUCCUAUCACUUUUGGCCAAGAACCUCCUCAUGAUCAUCAUGGAAAGGGAGAAGAGCGAUGCAGAGAAGCAACGCAAGGACAAGGCUCUUCCUCCUGCAAAGGCAUCUUCAAAGCAGGGUUUCCCAGGACCUUGAUGUUCCCCGCUGACAAGCUCCUAUCGCUCCUGAGAACCUCCUCAUGAUGAUCCCGGAAAGGGAGGACAGUGAUGUUGAGAAGCAACACAACGACAAGACUCCGCCUUCAAAGACAUCCUCAAAGGAGGGUGUCCUUAGAGUUUAGCUUUCUUUCUGAUGAUCUUGUGGCCAGGUACAUGUACGUCUUUAUGGAAAGGUCAUAGACUGAGGAGAAGUGACAAAGGAAUAAUCCAAAAGCAUCUUUGAAGCAGGGCCCUCCAGGGACUUGAGAUUUCCUGAUGACCUGUUUCUACCGCUUCUUUCUAAGAUCAUCCUCAAUGGUGAUGGGAAGGGUGUCCAUAACUACAGAGAAGCAAUAGAGAGACAAGCAAGACAGGAGUAGCUCUUUCCUCAAAGACAUCUUCUAAUGCAUCUGCAGAGCAGGGCCCCGUUUCACAAAACUUGUAAUC